GCUAAUAUGCAUGAGAACACAUACAUGUGGCCACCGUUAACAGACUAUCGCUAAGAAGUUUCGCCAAUAGCCACCAGGUGCCGCCUGCUAGCAGGUGCGGCUUGUGUGAGCCCUUUGUAGAACAGCCAGCCGAUUCAUCACAUUCAUUUCGCCGAGCGACUACGGAGCAAUUCCAGUCUUCUUUUUCUUUGUGCCACCCGCGUGGAGUGAUUCUGGCCUUCUUCUGGUGUCAUUUGGAGCCGCUGAUUUUUUCGCGUCACCGAAAAUGCAGGACGACAUGACGACGCUGAGGUACCGGCUAGAUGAUUUCAGCUAUGCCACUCUAAUGAAGAGCCUGCACGCAGACUUCCCGGACCCACCUACUCUUGCUGCAGAACUAAUGGAACUACAAACAGCACACGGCCAAAUGGCCCUGAAGCUUCCUCUCGACUGCACUGCGACAUCACAGUGCAUUUGCAAACUGUUGGAUCAACUAACAGAACUGAACGAUCUUCUCUGCUUGGUGGGAGCUGAAGUAGUUGAGGGCGUCUACGGGAAAAUUUCACUACGCCUAUACGACGGUGCAGAAGCAGUUCGCAAGUUUCGAAUCAUGGAAUUAGUGGCUAUAUAUCUACACUGCAUUCUGGCUCGACAUCAUUGUGUGGACAGUCUUCAGUUCAUGUUAUCCACGCCGGGAUACCAUGGUGUUAAUCUCCUACUCUGCCAUGCCUUGAGCCAGAAUACGUCAGUGACCUGCCUUCAUCUGCAACGCUCUACCUUCGAUGCUAAGUGUACAUCCCAAUUCUUCCGUGCCAUCUCUCAUCUGCUCAAGAACCAGCUAUUCGAGCUUUCUCUAGAAUCGCUCGUACUUAACGGAAGUGUCAAUGCGUGCUUUCAAGGAUUCCUGACGAGCCUGUCCACCACAAAAACUCUCAAGGUGCUCGUGAUCGUUAACGUUACAUUCGUGAGCCCUCAGGAGCAAGCGUUGUCAUUUUACUUCACGGCAGACACUAUAAGUGCCUUAGCCAGAAACUGGAACCUCUUCAGCCUCGUAAUUGACGCAACAUUCGCAUCUCCGCAAUGGAACGAAAAGCUGCUUCGGAUGUUCACCAGCCCUCUCGCACCAGUGCAGCUGACUGUGAUUUCGUGCAACUCUGACGUUAGCGAUGCGUUGAGCGUGGUGCUAUAUAAUCUACGGCGAAACAACACUGUCAGGAAAGUUAUCUUCCAGGGAUUUAGUAUAGGUUUCAUGGAUAUGAGAUUCGCUUCGGAUCUGCUGGCUGCCAACGCCGUAAUCCAAGAAAUCUGCUUCACAGAGUCAACGUGGGAUUUUGAACAGAGUCGAGAAAGGUGGCACGCCACGGCUCUGGUUCGACUCCUUGCGAGUGCGGCGCAUUUGCGACGACUCGCUGUGCCGUUCUACUUUGACUUCACCGAGCUGCGCUCCAUACUGGAAGCCGCUCAAGGGUGCAAAUCACUGGAGGAGCUGCACUUUCCUGUUCUUCUUGCCCAUGGCGUGGAGGUCUUAUUCGACGCGUUGAAUUUUUCACCCCUCGUGGAGAAGCUCAGAGUCGGCAAAAUCGUCGUCGCAGCGGAUACAGAGGCUUCGAGGGCGGUUACCCUCCUCCAAAAUGCUUUCUCAGGUCCUCAGAGGCUUAAAGGGCCUGACCUGCUCUUUGGGCCGAGGGGCGACUCACCUUGGCUCGUCGGUGGCAAUUGUGGAGGCCACCUGACCAACCUAAUGGUGAUGGACUGCAGUGAACGGACACGGCUGCACCCCGACAUUGCCCGGUGCCUGGGAGCCUAUCUGCCUCUGACGCGAAGCCUCAAGACGCUCACCAUCUCAGUUGCAACGUUUCAGGAUUCGGGGAAAUUCAUCAUACAAGGGCUUGCCUUGAACGAAAGCAUUGAAGAGCUGUUCAUGAAAGAUUUCUCGGCGCAUGAAGAGGACCUGCCCUUGCUUUGUGCAUGGAUAUCGAGGAGCCAAAGAGUGCACAGUGUCCAGGUGUUCUUCGAUCCCAUCACAAAGGGAUUGUUCCUCCAGACACUUGCGGGAUGUAUGGAGUACAACCACACGCUCACAUCCCUUUCCAUGGGCUGCCAACCCUUGGAGAGCGCUCAUGAGUUGCUCGUCAAGAAUAUAACUAGGCGAAACUUCGGACUCGUGCAGUGCGCCGCCAGCUACGUCCUUGGAUGCUCGACGCAACGCGCAGAAGCCGCCUUCAAGUUCGUGGCGUGGCACCCGCAACUUCUACCGGCCGUGCAGAAGAUGGGGCUCAUCGACGACAAGGAAGCCCAACUGAGAAUACGCGAAGCUGGGCGGCCACGCGGUCGUUCACAUGUCUUUCACCAGGACCUUUUAGAACUUCGGCAGAUAAUACAGGCACUUAUCGACUUCCGAUGUAGCAUUCAGUAAUAAAUACAAACGUUUCUA